AUGACGGCCACGACGACAACGAGGAGAAAGAAGUUGAGUAUUAGUAGUAUUGGAGGGAGAGGUAGCGCUGCCAGUGGCAGUGGGAGCAGCAUCAGCAUCAGCAGCAGCAUCAAGAACGGAGACAAGGACACGAUGAAGGGUGGAAAAGGCAGUGGAGGAGGUUGGAGUUUUGGGCGCUGGGGGGUGUCAGCGAAGAAUACAAGCAGCACCAGCAGCAACAGCAGCAGCACGCAUCAUCUCCUCCCGUCCCAGUCCCAGUCCCAGGCCUCGGCGUCGACCCAGGGACCCCCCUCGACCCAGACCCAGUCUGUGUCCGUGUCUGUCCAGGUUGGUUCAGCAGCUGCUGCCACUUCCAAGGCCACUGCUGUCAGCGCCGCCCAUGCCCACUACCACCCUCACGCAUUUCGCUCCCACCAACACCACCAACAACACGCCAGCAGCCAGGCGCCGCCGCACCCUUCAGCUUACAACUCGGCCCUGAAUAAGCCUGCUGUCUCCUUCGCUUCCCUCUCCGACUCCAAUUCUGUCUGCUCAGUCUCCUCCACCUCGACGACAGCAUCUACACCAACUCACGGCUCGCCCACCACCACCACACCUGUCUCGUCACCUGCUUCCUCGACUUCUUCCCCGACUCCGAGAUCGACGUCGACAUUUGCCACCACUGUAUCCUCAUCCUCCAAGCCAGCCUCCAAAAAGACCGUCCACUUCCGCACCACCUCCAGCAGCAACACAACCGGCACCGGCAGCAAUACCAGUAGCGCACCCCCGAUCCCCAUCCUCUCUGUCGUGCCUCCGCCUGGCCAAGACGGCGGCGACGGAGAGGCAAGACGGCCCGCCAUGCAGCGAGUUUCCUCCUUCCUCCCGUCCUGGGAUAAGAGGUCCUCGGGUUCUCGCCAGGGCCUCUUUGGCUGGUCCUCGAACCGCUCCAGCACCUCCAUAUCCGUCGCAAACGCCAAUUCAUUAACCAGGAUAAACACGGCUGCCGCUAAUGCAAAUGGCCGAGUCCACCGGGAAGCCUUCUGGCCUGCGACCCUUGACCGCGAAUGCGAGAAGGCUGCCCGCAUCCUCAAGUCGUUCUGUACUGAUGGAUAUCUUGUGCCUCUUGAGGAAGAAGAGGACGAAUCCCGGUCGACAACUAGCGAACCACUCUCCCCAAAGCGAGUCACUAAGAAAAUUCCUCGGCGCAUCAUCCAGAAUGCCGCCGGGAUUGCAAUCUUUACCUGUAUGCGAAGUGGCCUGUGGAUGACAGGCUCCGGCGGCUCCGGCAUUCUCAUUGCCCGCAAAUCGGACGGUACCUGGUCGCCGCCUUCUGGAAUCAUGCUACAUACACCCACUCUCAGCUUCAUUAUUGGCGUCGAUGUUUACGACUGUGUCCUCGUUGUCAACAAUCUCGCCGCUCUCGAGUCCAUCACGAAACCCCGUGUCACACUAGGUGAAGAUGUCGGUCUCACUAGCGGUCCUCUGGUGUCUCUCGACUCAGACGAGUCGCACAUCAGGUGGAAGGACCUGGGCAAUACCGUUUUGACAUACAUGAAGUCGCGCGGUCAGACCCAAGCCGUGAACUUGAACGGUUGCAUCUUGGCCGAGAGGGGCAACGAGAACGAGCGCUUCUAUGCCAGCACUCUAACACAAAUGGACAUUCUCGCCGGCAACGUCGCGCGGAACGUGGAUGAGACUAGGCCACUCUUUGAAAUCAUCAAGAUGGCUGAGGGCCGCACAGACUACGACGCUGCUAUCACUAGCAAGAUCGCUAUUGAGUGCGCCCCAGGAGACGCCGUCAUUGCAAGCCCCAAGUCUUCGACACCAGCCUCUCCUCGCACUCCAUUUGGAAUCCCCAGCGCCGACGAUCCCGAUCCCUUCGGUGUUUUGGCCCUCGAGAUGGCUGGUCUGGAAAUCAGAGAGGCCGGAUCGCGGUUACGACCUACUAGCAGCCAGUUCGACUUCAACCCCGUCCCCACUAGCCCGGCCUACUCCAAGUUUAACAGACAGAGCGUAGACACAUUUGUCACGCGGAGUAACCGUGGCAGCUACAUGUCGUCACGCACCGUCAAGAGUCAGAUGACGGAUGCAGGAACCCAGACGGACGUUGGGAAGGAUACACCCGAGACAACGCCAAGCCCAGGCCAAAGUGAAGACGGUCAUGACAGAGCUUCUCGAGCACAAAUUCCCGAUGUGACGGAGGAAGAGGAGGAGAUUGAUUACACAAAGGUCGACUUGACGCCCAUAAGACAUCUCAGUGGAAAUCACACUCCUGCCAGUGCAAUCAGCCACAGUAGUACGACCGCCGUGGAGCACGACACUCUCAAGGUUGAGCCGAGAGACGACACGGACAAGGCAUCGAGCAAUUAUGAUAGUGACAGGGAUGACAGGAGCAGCCGCAAUGCAGAUGACGAGAACGACUCGGAAAGUGACGCCGAGGAGGAGGAAGACGACGAAGAGGAGCCCGUGGUAUUCGAAGUGGCAGCCGUGCAGCCGGCAAGGACCCAGGCUGUGGCAUCCCGAGUGAUCCACGCCAAGGGCAACAUGGUGACAAUCCCCAAGAGGAUUCCUCCUCCACUGCCUAUGAGGAGUCCUGCCAGGACAUCUCGAUCUAGUAAGAGUGAGAUCGGCGAUGUCACGAACCUCCGAAGCCCUCUGCGACAUGCUUUCAACGAACAGGACCUGAAGUCGGAUGAUGAGCAGCCAGCAAAGGCGCAGCCUUCGCCCUUCCUGAAGCCUAUGGAGCUCAAGGUCGAGAAGGUCAGAUAUGAUGAGAAGAAGGCUGAGGAAUUCAAGCCCGAAACCCCCAAGAUCCAGGAGCACUCGACAGACGAUAGAUCUUCGGAUUCGGAGACGGAAUUCUUCCCGGCCGAGGAGGACAAGGCGGUGGACAACAAGAUUGAAAUCACCAAGACUGAGGAGGCCCAGGCUGAAGUAUCCAAGACGGUGGACGCCAAGGCCGCCACCGCAGUUGAAGCCAAGCCCACUCAAGCCGAAACCGAAGCCAAGACUGAGUCGAGGAGCAUUGGAACAUCCCCCACCAUCCCCCAGAUCGAGCAUUCCGACAACUCGGAUACGGUUGCCAAGAAGCACACAUCCUCCGUCUACACGGGCGCAACCGAGGAUCGAUGGAGCUUCGAUGGGUCAUCACUCACGACUCCCACCUCGGACCGGCCGUACUCGGUUGUUGACGACAUUACUGAAGAUGAGACGCCCCGAAAGCCAACCAGAGAGGUUGAGCGCAUCGAAGUGAACGAGAAGCAUGAAGAACUGACCAAGAUGGGGUCGAAAGAAGCAACCCCAAACACCAUCACGGUUGCAUAA